AUGGGUGUUACGUUCUCACAAUUCUUUCCUCCAAGUCCGACAUUGACAGAAGCAGACCUACCGAAUCAAGCAGGAAAAGUCUUCAUAGUGACUGGAGGUUAUUCAGGAGUUGGCAAGGAACUAUGCACGAUUUUAUACCAAGCUGGCGGAACCGUUUAUCUUGCUGGUCGCUCCAAAGAAAAGGCACAAGAAGCAAUAUCAUAUAUCAAGAGGCUUGAGAUGAAUAACAAGUCCUUGCCCGGCAAACUGGUUUUUCUGGAAUUAUCGCUGGACAAUCUGGCCACCAUCAAACCUGCCGUAGAGAGGUUCACGUCGGUUGAGACUCGACUUGACGUCCUCUUCAACAAUGCAGGUGUUUCCAAUCCACCUCCAGGCUCCAUAUCAGUCCAAGGCGACGAGCUUCAGAUGGCUACAAAUUGCUUAGGACCGCAUCUGCUUACCCAACUUUUACUGCCGAUCAUGCGAAAGACAGGCAAUGUCUUACAAUCACCAGGUGCGGUGCGAGUGAUUUGGACAUCCUCAAUCAUUGUCGAUCUGUCUGUAUCAAAAGAAGGCAUCAGUCUCAAAGAGCUCACGACAAUCUCCAAGAACCAACAGUACAACUACUUGAAAACGAAGCUUAGUAACUGGUUUCUUGCGAGCCAUCUGGCGACCCAAGUUGGUGCCGACGCAGAUGGCAUCCUCAGCUUGACCAUCAACCCAGGAAAUAUGAAAACGGGACUCCUCCGUCAUAUGCCAGCUAUCGUUGGAAUUCUGUUUUCCCCAAUCUUGUAUCAUGCUCGGAUGGGAGCGUAUACAGCAUUAUGGGCUGGUCUAUCGAAGAAAUUGAAUAUUCAUGAUGGUGGAAAGUACAUCUUGCCGUGGGGUCGCAUUCAUCCGAGUCCUAGAGUAGACUUGCUUGAUACCAUGAGUGCUAGGGAGUUUGUAGAGUUUUGUGAUAGAAAGAUUGUGGACUUUAUGUGA